CAAAACUCACAUUAACAUUUCAAAAAGUCUACUCUUCUCUCCCUCUGAAAACUAAGAGUAAAUCUCAAAUCUGAAGUCUCAUCUCCGAUUCCGUCAGUAGAAACAAAGCAUGGAGCUCUGUAAACUUGUUCUGCUGUUGUUGACGGUGAUGACGGUGGCGGAAGCGAUAUGGAUGGAACUGCCGACUUCGGGGACCAAGUGUUUGUCGGAGGAUAUCCAUACGAACGUCGUCGUUUUGGCGGAUUACAGUGUAAUCGGUGACGAAGAGCACGCUCAAGCUAAUGUUGUCCCCACCAUCUCUGUCAAGGUCACAUCGCCUUUUGGAAACAAUCUUCACCAUAAAGAGAAUGUAACUCAUGGUCAAUUUGCUUUUACAACCACUGAGGCUGGUAACUACUUGGCAUGCUUUUGGAUGGACAACCAUGCCCCUGGGGCUAAAGCUGUUACUAUCGGCAUUGACUGGAAGACAGGAAUCAGUGCAAAGGAUUGGGAAUCAGUUGCAAGGAAGGAUAAGAUAGAAGGUGUCGAACUUGAGUUGGUGAAACUUGAAGGGAUAGUGCAAGCCAUUCAUGAAAAUUUAGAGUACCUGAAGGAUAGGGAAGCAGUAAUGAGGGAAGAAAACGAGAAAACCAAUUCUAGAGUGGCAUGGUUAAGUAUAAUGUCCCUUGGUAUAUGCAUAGCAGCUGCAGUUCUGCAAGUAUUUUAUCUGAAGAACUUCUUUCGCAAGAAAAAGCUCAUUUAGAUUUGACAAAUUUUGCACGUUCUUGCAUCACACGAUCUACAAUAGCUUACAGAAUAGAUCAAUUACAACAUUUUAUUUUUUCACUUGUAUUCAUAUUUUUGUAUUGUGCAAUAGACUGUUGUGAUCUACAGUGAACGAAAAGGCCGGAUACCAUAUCUUCUGUAAGAGAAACUACUAGUGCCCUAUGUUCAGGGGAUAAAUGCAAUCCAAAUGCAGCAUCAUUCUUCUACUUUUAGUUGAAAAAAUCUAUGUAUAAUUUUAU